CCGGAAGUCGCCGUAACUGGUCAGCCAUUAUUCUGGUCUUCGGCUGCCGUCGCACAGAGUGUGCGUGUCAUCUUCUAGCGUUCCGGUGCCGCGGCGACGGUACCCAAGGCCGGAGCCGCAGCGGGAGGCCCUGAUGAUGUUCUUCAAGUUCUAAGGAAGAACUCAAGCAAAGAUUGAGAGGGCCUGAAGAGGAGCCUUUCUUAAACGACAACAAUGACAAGAGAAAAUUGGACCCACAAUGCCCUGAGACAAGAGGGGCUUGUUAAAGGGAAGGAUGAUACCUGGAAAUGGGGAACGAGCUUCCAAGGGAGCAGCUCCUCUGUUUGGGAGACUUCCCACCUACACUUUAGACAGUUACGUUACCAUGAAACGUCUGGACCCCAGGAGGCGCUGAGCCGGCUGCGGGAGCUCUGUCGCCGGUGGCUGAGGCCAGAAGCCCGCACCAAGGCCCAGAUCCUGGAGCUGCUGGUACUGGAGCAGUUCCUGAGCAUCCUGCCUGGAGAGAUUCGGACCUGGGUGCAGAUCCAUCGCCCCGGGAGUGGUGAGGAGGCCGUUGCCCUUGUAGAGGAACUGCAGAAAGACCUCGAUGGACCAGAACUAAAAGUUCCAGUCCUCAUCAAGGACCAGGACACUUUCCAGGAGGGUAUGAGCACUACAGGAACAACACUUCAUACACCCACUGGCAGCCCCUUGUCUGUUGAAUUUUAUCCAAAUGCUUUUACUGACCCAGUGGUGUUCAAUGUCCAGGAUCCUCAACAUGAUUCUCCUGCCCCUGAAGCUUCUGCACUUUCCCAGGAAGAGAACCCAAGAAAUCAGUUAAUGGCCCUCAUGCUCCUAACAGCGCAGCCCCAGGAAUUGGUGAUGUUUGAGGAAGUAUCAGUUUGCUUCACUUCAGAGGAAUGGUCAUGUCUGGGCCCAAUUCAGAGGGCUUUGUACUGGGAUGUGAUGCUGGAGACAUAUGGAAAUGUGACCUCCUUGGAAUGGGAGACCAUGACUGAGAAUGAGGAGGUGACAUCAAAGCCAAGUAUUUCUCAAAGAGCAGAUUCUCAGAAAGGAACAUCAAAAAGACUUCAAGGAGGUAUUCCCCAAGUCCUUCCUUUGGAGGAAGAAUAUGAAUGGAAAGUUUUGGUAAAUCACUGGGGAAAUGAAAUAGGGGAAAGAGAUACGCUGAAGAAAGGUUCCCUCUGUGAAGGAGACAAGAAGAAAGGAGCUCAACCAGAAAAGCAAAGCCAAAAGUGGAAAGAAUUUGGAGAAAGCUUCACUUUAGGUUCAGCUCUUUCUGAAAGUUUAAUAGGUUCUGAAGGAAAAAAGUUUUACAAAUGUGAUAUAUGUUGUAAACAUUUCAAUAAAAUCUCCCAUCUUAUAAACCAUCGGAGAAUCCAUACUGGUGAGAAACCUCAUAAAUGUAAGGAGUGUGGAAAAGGCUUUAUUCAGCGCUCAAGCCUUUUAAUGCAUUUACGGAACCAUUCUGGGGAGAAACCUUACAAGUGUAAUGAAUGUGGGAAAGCCUUCUCUCAAAGUGCUUAUCUUCUAAACCAUCAAAGAAUCCAUACCGGGGAGAAACCUUAUAAGUGUAAGGAGUGUGGAAAGGGCUUCUAUAGGCACUCAGGCCUUAUUAUACAUUUAAGGCGCCAUUCUGGGGAGAGACCUUAUAAAUGUAAUGAGUGUGGGAAAGUUUUCUCUCAGAAUGCUUAUCUCAUUGACCAUCAGCGGCUCCACAAAGGGGAAGAACCUUAUAAAUGUAACAAGUGUCAGAAAGCUUUCAUUCUGAAGAAGAGCCUCAUUUUACACCAGAGAAUUCAUUCUGGGGAAAAACCCUAUAAAUGUGAUGAAUGUGGAAAAACCUUUGCUCAGACCACUUACCUUGUUGACCAUCAGCGACUCCACAGUGCAGAGAACCCAUACAAAUGUAAAGAAUGUGGAAAAGUGUUCAUUAGAAGCAAAAGCCUCCUUUUACACCAGAGAGUACAUACAGAAAAGAAGACCUUUGGCUGUAAAAAAUGUGGGAAGAUUUUCAAUUCCAAGUCAAACCUCAUUGACCAUAAGAGGAUGCAUAGCAGAGAGAAGCCUUAUAAAUGUACUGAAUGUGGGAAAGCCUUCACUCAGAGUGCUUACCUUUUUGACCAUCAGAGACUCCACAAUGGAGAGAAGCCCUAUGAAUGUAAUGAAUGUGGGAAAGUUUUCAUUUUGAAGAAGAGCCUCAUUUUACACCAGAGGUUCCACACUGGAGAGAAUCUCUAUGAAUGUAAAGACUGUGGCAAGGUCUUUGGUUCUAACAGAAACCUCAUUGACCAUGAGAGACUCCACAAUGGGGAGAAGCCUUAUGAAUGUCGAGAGUGCGGGAAAACCUUCAUUAUGAGCAAAAGUUUCAUGGUCCAUCAAAAACUCCAUACACAGGAGAAAGCCUACAAAUGUGAGGAUUGUGGGAAGGCUUUCAGUUACAAUUCAAGCCUGCUUGUACAUCGGAGAAUCCACACUGGGGAAAAGCCCUUUGAAUGCAGUGAGUGUGGAAGAGCUUUCAGUUCUAACAGAAACCUCAUUGAACAUAAGAGAAUCCACAGUGGUGAGAAACCCUAUGAGUGUAAUGAGUGUGGUAAAUGCUUCAUUCUGAAGAAAAGCCUCAUUGGACAUCAGAGGAUUCACACAAGGGAAAAAUCUUAUAAAUGCAAUGACUGUGGGAAAGUCUUCAGUUACCGCUCAAACCUUAUAGCCCAUCAGAGAAUCCACACUGGUGAGAAGCCCUAUGCAUGUAAUGAGUGUGGGAAGGGCUUUACUUACAACAGAAACCUUAUUGAACAUCAAAGAAUUCACAGUGGGGAAAAAACGUAUGAAUGUCAUAUAUGUAGGAAAGUUCUUACCUCUAGUAGAAAUCUUAUGGUGCAUCAAAGAAUCCACACUGGAGAGAAACCUUAUAAAUGUAAUGAGUGUGGAAAAGACUUCAGUCAGAAUAAAAACCUUGUUGUACAUCAGAGGAUGCACACUGGGGAGAAACCAUAUGAAUGUGAGAAGUGUAGAAAAUCUUUUACUUCUAAGAGGAAUUUAGUUGGCCAUCAGAGAAUCCACACUGGGGAGAAACCAUAUGGGUGUAAUGAUUGUAGUAAAGUUUUUAGGCAAAGGAAAAACCUUACUGUACAUCUGAAAAUUCAUACAGAUGAAAAGUUCUGUGACUGUGAUGAGUCUGAAAAAGAAUUAUCUCAGACUUCAAACCUUCAUCUUCAACAAAAAACCCAUACUGUGGAGGAAUGCCAAGUCCAAGAUAGAGAUUCAGAAAUAGUGUCAUAUGUAAAAUAGAAUAGAAUCCCUGCCUACUUAAGUAACUGUUGAAGAAAUGGCAAUAUAUAGUUCUCAUAGGGAAAAAAAUCCAUGGUUGACCCUUUUGUUGACAAGUGAGUUGCAUGUAGAAGAAAGUUAAUGUAGACUUUCAAGACUACAAAAACGUAAUCUGCAAAUUCUAGUUAAAGGAUACUCUCAGGCUAUUUGUUAUGACGCUAGAAAGGGACCUUCAAACAACUGAGGACUCUGAAGAAGCUGGAUUUAUGUUUUAUAAGAUGUAAUGAUGUAGUUAUAAAUGACAGUAAAAAUAUCUUUGUAUUAAAAAGUGGACAUUUUUUUCUGGGAGUGUGUAUACCGUAAAGAUAGCAUCACUGCUAUAGAAAGUAUAUAGACAGUAUGUAUGUUCGAGAUGAGUCGGACAUGGAGUUUGGUGGGCAAGAUUCUUGUUUGAGGACCUUUAAGAAGAGCUCUGGAUUUGAAAUUAGAAGACCUAGGUUUAGGUCUUGGCUAUUUCUUUUACUAAGCUAUGUCAUGUGUUUAAGUCAGUCUCUGAGCUUCAUUUCCUCAGUCAAAUGUUAACAUAAUGCCCAUCUCACAGGGCUGUUGUGAGGAUUAAAUGAAAGGGUAUUUGUGAAAGGACUUUGUGAAAUAAUUUAGUUGUCAGUAAAGUUGGAAAAAGAGGUAUGGUCAAAAUCUAGAACAUGAUAUAAUGUAAUACUUGUUCAUUAAGUCAAUAUAAGGAUGCCAUGAGCCUCAAAAGAUACUCAUUUUUAUAAGAGGAAGUAUGGUGGGUAGCUGACUUUGGAAUUUACUAUUCAAAGAAGUCUUUUUAAACCUGUAGCUUUAAAAAUGUUUAAGGGAGUUAAUAGAUAAUAUGCCUGGUUUGUUUUAGUGGAAAAAUACUUAUUAUGGAAAAACAGUAUGUCCAACUGCCAACAUUGUUGCCAAGGAAAACUUAUUUUUCAACUUUUGACUUUGAAACCUAGAGAUGUAGAGUGUCAAAAUGAAAGGAUGAUCCUAUGUUGCUUUAUUCAUAGGGAAAAAUCCUUAACACCACCUCCUGAGCUGAUGAUCCUGCCACUGUCAUUUUCAAUUGUAAUCAACAUUUCACCUUUGCUGACAUAUGGUAACUUGUUACUUAAGGAACACCAUUCUGUCCCAGCACUUAACUUACUAUGUAAGUUUUUCACACAGAGCCAGUCCCUUCAAGUUCUGAUUAAACCAAUUCAGAAUCCACCUCUGGUUGGUCAGGUCAGUUACUCCAUGUGAACCAAUCAUUCAUUCAAUCUAUGCCCUUAUGUACAUUUGUAGAUUUCAUUCAUACUAUAUUCUUGAGUUGCUAAUUUUAUAUUGUAAUUCUCAAAACUCCAAUUUUGCAGCUGGACUAUAAAUACCUUAAUAUCAGGAUGGUGUUUUCUGUUGCUGAUUGUGUUGAAGUGGUGUAUUGAUUAUAAUAAAGGUCAUUAAUUCAACCCCGAAGUUCCUUGAGGGUUGAUUCCUCAUUAGACUGAAAGGUACCCAAGAGUGAAAACUGGAAAUGGGGUCCCAGGUUUAAAGUCUUAAGACUGGGUAUGAGUCACUUUGCUUGGACAAAUGCCUACAUUUCUUGGAGCCUUUGUUUUCUGAUCUGUUAAACAGGGAGAAUAUCUACCUCACAAAGUUGUGAUGAGGUAAUGAAUAUGAAGAUGUUUUAUGUUCCUGCUGUAGAAGGAUCACCCCAGAUUGCACAAUAAUUGCAAAGGGAAAGAUGUACUUUAAUAGUGGAGAAAGAUGCCAUUUAUCUUUUAACUAGUUAACAAAAUGUAACAUCACUAAGACAGAACACACAUCAUGUGCUUCCUCAGGUGAUAUAACAAGCCAAAAGUAUAACAAUUUAUCAAGCUUCUUAGAUCUGAUUGCUAGUUUACAGGACAUACAGGAGGCAGAGGAACAAGAUAAUUGACACCGUGAGAAAUUCAGAAUGUGGGAUAUUGUAUAAGAAAACUGCACUGGAUUCUUCAAAAAGAUAUGGUGAAGAAGGGAGGGGUGACAAUUGUUGAAGCUGGAUGUGUACUGAGAAUUCAUUGUACUGUUCUCUGCUUUUGUACAUAUAUGAAAUUCCCCAUAAUGAAACACAAGAAUUAGAUGAGUGGGGUUGUUUUUAAAAGAUAUUAAGAGCCAGAGAUAGAUUAACACAAAUGCCUUAUUGAUUUUUGACAAAAGUACAAAAGCAAUUCAGUAGAGGAGGGAUGGUAUUUUCAACAAAUGCUCCUGGAGCAAUUGGAUAUCCAUAGGCUGUAAAUAAAUAAGGGAGUAGGACUAACUGAACUCAGACUCAUAUCAAAACCAUUCUCUAUAAAAGAAAAAAGUGAUCAACUGGACCUCAGCAGCAGUAUAACUGCUCUGCAAAAGACUUUUCAGAGGAUGAUAAAACAUUACAGACUGGGAGGAAAUAUUUGCAAAUCAUGUAUCAGCACAGAAUUUGCAUCUGUACUGUAUAAAGAUUCUUCACAUUACAUGAAGGUUUCUUAAUAAGAUUCAUUUUUUAUAAAUAGGCAAAAGGCAUGGGAAGACAUUUUACUUAAGUAUAGAUGGCAAGCAAAUGGAAAGAUGUUCAACAUUUUUAGCCAUUUGAGAAAUGCAAGUUAAAGAUCACUGCAUACCUAUCAUAAUAGCUUUUAAAAAAUAGUGUUAUCAAAGUUCAGAGAAACGAUCUCAUAUGUUGCUAGGAACAGGAAAUGGUACAGCCACUCUGGAAAAUAGAUUGGCAGUUUCUUGUAAGAUCAAACACCAUAUGAUUGACUUAUGUGCACUCUUGAGCAUUUACCCCAGAGAAAUGAAAACUUAAGUUCACACAACAACCUGUACAUGACAGUUCAUAGCGGUUUUAUUCAUAAUAGUCAAAAUUGCUAAGUAAUCCAAAUAUCUUUUAACAGGUGGUUAAAACUGGAAUAGCUAUACCCUGGGAUACUUAAUACUGUGCAAUAAGGGAAUCAGCUAUGGAUAUCUGCAAUGAAUCAGUGAAUCUCAGGAGAACUGUGUGAGUGAAAAAAUCCUGUCUCAAAAAGGUCAUAUACUGUAUAAUUGCAUUGACAUCCUUUUAUUUACACAUUCUAAAAUGAUGAAACUAUAGAGACGAAAAAACAGAUUAGUGGUUGCCAUAAGGCUGGGGAUGGUGGGAGGGGCAGGCGGGAGAGGGAGGGAUAGACUAGGGAAGUCUUCGUGGUGUGGAAACAAUUGUGAUCUUGAUUGUGGUGGUGGUUACAUGAAUACACGUAAUAAAAGGCCACCCAAGCAUACACGUCUUACCAGUGUCGAUUUCCUAAUUUUUAAACUAUGUCAUUAUGUAAGAUGUACCCACUGAAGGAAUCUGGGUGAAAGGUAAGUAUCUUUGAAACUUCCUGUCAAUUUAUAAAUUCAAAAUAAAAGGUAAAAAAAAAAAAAACCCGAACACUAAAGAGCCAUAACCAAAUGCAGUGUUAUUUG